ACCUGAGAACCACUGAUCAGGACAAAAGAAGUACCGAAGUUUCCUUUAUCGUUACUAACAUCAACAGCCAUUAUAUCAGUACAUUAUGUACAGACCAGUGACAGUUUCCCGGACAUCUUUGCCACUGUGGAUGAUUGUCCUCAUUGUGUUUGGAGUGGUGGCAAUCCUAGGAACCACUAUUGGUCUUCUAGUUCAUUUUCUGGCAGUAGAAAACAAGACCUACUAUUACCAAGGUAGCUUUAAAGUGCUGAAUAUCCCAAAUAAUAGAAAUUAUGGAAAGGAGACAUCACCAGAAAAUAACUAUCUUAGCAAAAUUCUUGAGACGAAGAUGUCUGAUGCAUUUCAGAGUUCUAGCAUUUACAGACAAUACAUCAAUUCUCAAGUCAUCACACUGGUUCCUGCUGACGACAGUGUGACAGCACAUAUAUGGCUGGUAUUCAAGUCGCCCAAAUCAGUGAAGGAAAACACAAGAAGAGCAAUUGAAAGCAUCUUACGUCAAAUGCUGAAGAACCACUCAGGAUCCUUGACUACAGAUCCUGAUUCGCUUACAUUUGAGGAAAUCAGUAAGGUAGAAGCUGAAAAGAUAAUCAACAACCGCUGUGGGAGACGACCAAGGAUGUCAGCUACCUAUGAUAGAAUCAAGGGUGGAUCCACUGCUCAGGAAGGAGAGUGGCCCUGGCAAGCAAGUCUCAAAAAGAACGGCAAGCACUACUGUGGGGCCUCUUUGAUCAGUGACAGAUAUCUGGUGACUGCAGCUCACUGCUUUAAAAAUUCACGAGAUCCAAGGAACUAUACUGUCACCUUUGGCACCAGAGUAAAUCUCCCGUAUAUGAAACACUAUGUUCAGCAAAUUUUUAUUCAUGAAAACUACAUCAAGGGUGAACUUCAUGAUGAUAUUGCAGUUAUAUUGCUUACUGAAAAAGUUUUAUAUAAGAACGAUGUCCAUUCAGUUUGUCUUCCUGAAACCACACAGAUUUUUCCACCAGGUGAAGGAGUUGUUGUCACAGGAUGGGGAGCACUCUCAUAUGAUGGUGCAUAUCCAGUAUUACUUCAGAAAGCACCUGUGAAGAUUAUUGAUACAAACACUUGCAAUGCUCGGGAAGGAUAUAAUGGGAUGGUACAAGACACAAUGCUAUGUGCUGGGUACAUAGAAGGAAAUAUUGAUGCAUGCCAGGGUGACUCUGGAGGACCAUUAGUUCAUCCCAACUCUCGAAAUAUUUGGUACCUUGUUGGAAUAGUGAGCUGGGGAGCAGAAUGUGGUACAAUCAAUAAACCAGGAGUCUAUACACGAGUGACUGCCUACCGAAACUGGAUUGCCUCAAAGACUGGUAUCUAAGAGGAGAGCAUCUUGUAGUCACUGUUUUAGGUCAUUUUUGCCUCUUACUUCUAAGCCUUAUUUAACAUGUAUUUUAAAUCGGUGUUUAUAAUAAUUAUUGUGAAAGAACUGUGGUCCUGAGGGAAUAUUUAUGAACUUUAAGCAGACUCAAUUCGACAGAACAAAAAAUCUCAUGUUUAGUUGAGAAAAGCCUAACUAAAGAAAAUGUUCCUAUCAAAAUGUACCAUUACUAUUUGUUUUCUAUUUCUCGUACCAACAUCACGGUUAUCUCUCCACACCAUAACACUCUUGGUUUUAGUCAUUCAGACUUUCUGGAAUUGAGAAAAUAUGUCCUUGUCCACCGCAGGUUAGCAAGCCUCACUCUAGGAAACUAAAACCAAUACCUUCUGAGAGUUGGUUGGAACACACUGUAUAUGCCUUCCUUUCUAUCUUCUGUGGAAGGGAUGUAGCUGUGAACUAAAUCUGGCCUGAAUUUAGGCAUGGCUUAGAGAGUCUCCUAUUUGUCAUGGGGUCUUGAUCAACUCUUGAAAUCAUUGUUUAAGAAUUUCACCAUAAGCAAAAUUAGGCAAAACAACACCUUUUUGACUUACAGAAACAAGGUACACUAAUUCUGCUGUGUUCAUAUAGGCUUCUGUGGAGAUUCUUCAUUUGUAACAUGUAAAAAAAGAGUAGAUAUGAACCAUGAAAGUAUAUUUUAAUUAAAACAAAUU